UUGAAGCAGUUUGGGUUAACAGAUGAGUGUUCAUAUCAUAUGCUAAAUCACAAGGUAUGUUGCAUCAGAAUAUGAAGAAGAAAGCAGGGACUACUAAUGGCAGUGAAGCCUCAAAGCCCAAAGAGAGACACAUUGUUUCUUGGUCUCAGGAGGAAGAUGAUAUACUGAGAGAGCAGAUUAGAGUCCAUGGAACUGACAAUUGGACUAUCAUUGCAUCAAAGUUUAAGGAUAAAACUACCAGGCAAUGCAGAAGAAGAUGGUUUACAUAUUUGAACUCCGAUUUCAAAAGGGGGGAUGGUCUCCUGAAGAAGAUAUGCUCUUAUAGUCUAUGUGAGGCACAGAGGAUAUUUGGCAACAGAUGGACAGAAAUCGCGAAGGUGAUUUCUGGCGGAACUGAUAAUGCUGUGAAGAAUCGGUUCACGACCCUCUGCAAAAAGAGAGUGAAGAACGAGGCAUUAGCAAAGAAACAGUAAUUCAUCCAUUAAUAGGAGGGUUAUCUUUCCAAGUUGGCUCAACAGUAGUGAUAGCAUUUCAGAAUCUGCAGUGCCCCUUAAGAAGCAGAGGAGGAGUCAGAUUCCAGUUUCCCCUGAAAGUUUUAGCAACGGGGAAAAACCAUUCGUGAGUUGUGAUGCUACAAAUCAGAUGCUAAGGUCUCCUUUUGUAGUAAUAGGUCAAAAUCUCUACAGUCCUG